UUUUAGAGAGAUAUCAAGCUGAAAACUUCGUUCCUGUGCUUGUCUGGACAUGCCCUCCUCGUGGUGUGAUAUUCACUGAGUCAUCCACUACCUAAAAUGAGCAGCAGUGUGGACAGUGGUGUGGAGGCCCAUGGUGGCAGCAGUAUUGCCACUAUGGAGAUAAUAAGCCGUACAGAUACAGACUCAGCCUCAUCAGGAGAGGAUGGACCUCCAAAUGUUCCUCCUUCUCCUCCUCCUCUGCUUCCCCCAGUAGCUCCACCUUCACCUCCACCACCACCGCCGCUGCCCUCCCCGGAACAUCAUCCUGCUCCACGGGAAGAGCAUGAAGAAGAUUAUUUCGCAGAUGACGAGGAGGAGGAGGAGGAGGAGGAGCAAGAACGGGAGUGA